GUAACGAGCCCAGUUUAAAUGGGUCGGUCCAAAAUAACAAGAAGAUCCAUAUCGGAAAAGGAAAAUGCAAAAGAACGGCGAGUCUCUCUGACUUUUAUUUUUUUUAAUUAAACCCCGAUGGCUAGCAAAUGAAAUUUUCUCGCCAACCAAGUCCAACACACACCCAAGAGGAUUUUCCAGAUUUCUAAAAUUCAAGACAUUAGAACCGAAAAAACAGUUUCAGUUUAACGCACGGCACAAUCAUUGCCUAGAGCAAGGAGCUCCCCGCUUGACUUCACUCAGCAUUGAGUUGCUGGCUGGUUCGCGAGAGCUUAAUUUGACUCUAUUUGGGGGUAAUGGGUCGUUCUCGCGGGAAUUUCCAAUCUGCUGAUGAAGACCCCACCCAGAGAUCAAGGAGGAAAAAGAAUGCUUCUACUGGUGAGAAUCUAGAAUCCACCUCUGCAGGUAUAUAAUCAUCAUUGCAUAGCAGUGUGAUAACAAGGAGAACAAAUACAACCAACGACACGGAAUUGGGGGGAGGGGGAGGUGGGGGUGGGAGAAGUUAUCAUGACUCUUACAUAACACAUAUCCAAGUUAAAACUAUGACUUUAUAUCCAAGUUGAUCUAAGGAGCUUAACUAACCAGCAUUGCUCGUGCAUAUUUUCGCAACCUUGGGAUUCCCUAGUGAGGGGGUUCAAGAACGUAUUUUGCUUGAGUAUGAUUGCUUAACUUAUGCUGGUGUAAUACAUAUCCUUUUUCGGGAUCCUGUUGGGAGCUAUUGAUGGUAAUGUGAAUCAUUAUGUUUGUUUGCUCCUUGAUAUGCAUUUCCUUUUACCUUAUCUAUACCUUUGUCCUUUUUCCGUAUCCCAUUUGGGGAUCAGGACAAGGUGCUGGUGAUGGGAAGAAGGCCUUGUACCAUUGUAACUACUGCAACAAAGACAUAACCGGGAAGAUCCGUAUCAAGUGUGCUAUGUGCCCUGAUUUCGAUCUAUGUAUAGAGUGCUUCUCUGUUGGAGCUGAGAUGCAACCUCAUAAGAGCAGUCACCCUUAUAGGGUUAUGGAUAAUUUGUCUUUCCCACUUAUUUGCCCUGACUGGAAUGCUGAUGAUGAAAUUCUGCUACUGGAGGGGAUUGAAAUGUAUGGCAUGGGCAACUGGACUGAAAUUGCUGAGCAUGUAGGGACAAAGAGCAAAGACGUGUGCAUUGAGCACUAUAAUAAUGUUUAUAUGAACUCCCCAUACUUCCCUCUUCCGGUAUUGCCCAUUUUUAAUAUUCUGAAUUCUACUUCUUUAGUAGCGAAUCGAAAGGAGCUUCUUGCUAUGGCAAAAGGAUCUUCCAUGCACGGGGAGCACAUUUUGAAGGAAGAUUCUCCAUUUUCUCCAUCCAGAGUCAAGUAUGAUUUAUUAAUCGAAGGUGGUUCCUCUGGCCGUUUACUGUCUCCAUUAAACACUGAUAUGGAAUCAGGAGGGCGUCCUAAUAACGCAAAUGCAUCAAAGACUGCUGUUAAAAAGGCAUCUGGUAUUGCCCGGGCUAAAGAUAGCCCGAAUAAUGUUAAAGUCGAAGAUCCUCAUAUAGAAAGGAGUUCCAAGGGAAAGAAACCAAAUUGUCCAGUUGAUGGUCCAUCCCUACUUGAUUUGAGUGGUUAUAACACUAAAAGGCAAGAGUUUGACCCAGCAUACGACAAUGAUGCUGAGCAGUUGCUCGCAGAGAUGGAGUUCAAAGAGAAUGACACUGAGGAGGAGCGUGAAAUCAAGGUUCGGGUCUUGCGUAUUUAUGGGAAGAGGCUUGAUGAGAGGAAGCGUCGGAAGGAUUUCAUAUUGGAGAGAAACUUACUGUAUCCUAAUCCUUUCGAGAAGGACUUAUCUCCUGAGGAGAGGGCAAUCUGUCGACGUUAUGACAUUUUCAUGAGAUUUCAUUCAAAGGAAGAACACGAGGAACUGCUCCGGACAGUCAUCACAGAGCACCGAACUCUCAGAAGAAUUCAAGAACUCAAGGAAAUAAUGUCGCAGGAAGCACGUGCUGCUGGCUGUCGGACUUCUAUCGAGGCGGAUCGAUACCUUGACCACAAACGGAAAAGGGAAGCGGAAGAUAGUUCUCGUCGGGUCAAAGAAGGCGGUCAGCUUGUUCCGAAUGUCGUAAUCGCUUCAGAAUCAGUUGGAAAGGACUCACACUUUAAAGGGUCGUCGAGCUAUAAUGUCAACGAGCUGGAUAUCACGGCGUUGUUCGACACCCAGUUGCUAUCUGAAGCUGAGAAGCGGUUAUGCUACGAGAUCAGGCUGCCACCACCUCUUUAUCUGCAAAUGCAAGAGGUGAUGACAAAAGAGAUCUUCAGUGGGAAUGUUUUGAAGAAAUCCGAUGCUCAUUCAUUGUUCAAGAUCGACGCCAACAAGGUGGAUAGAGUGUAUGAUGUUCUUGUUAAGAAAGGGAUAGCACAACCAUGAAAAUGGGGAAUGAAAAAGAAGCAAAUCACUUCAUUUCAUUCUUAAGUUCUGAUUUCUUGUAUUGUAAUUUAGGCAUAACAUAAUAGAUAUAGGCUAGAAAUGAAACUUGGGUAGAGCUCAGUUCCUUUAUGUAGCUGCAGAUGGUUGAAACUCGGAAUUACCUAAAGGGGUUCUGUAUAAUGCAACCAUCCACUCUACCAAAAAUGAGAAAGAAAGGCAAAAAGCACUGAACUUCUAUUUCUUUCACCAUGCAGAAAGUACUGAAAUCCUAACACAGCUUUUACAGUCAGAA